AAAGCAGGCUUCAGCUGUGAAGGCGGUGUCAGUAUCCCUAAUUAUACCAAAUGUUUAUGGCUUGGGAUGGACUUAAGAGCAAAAUGAGGACUCCAAUUGGUUCUGAAGCUUGUUCUUUCAUUAUGAAUCGGCUUAAAUCAAGACUAUUACGUUAUGAGACUAGGACAGUUCCGCGCUUGGCCACAAUGUUGGACCCUAGAUUUAAGAAGGAAGGUUUUGGAAAUCCUGCCAAUGCCCAACAAGCCUCGGCGGCUCUAGAAAACGAAGUCACCAGUUUGAUUAAUGUUGACGAAAGUGAGCCACCCAUGGAAGAACAGCCAAAGCAGUCUGACAAUGUUCUUAAGUUUUUGUCUGAUAGGAUUCAGCAAAAACAACGAACAGGUAGAUCAGAUGCGAUUAUAACUAUGAGGCAAUACAUUGAGCAGCAAAAUUCUGAACAGGAUAUUGACCCCUUGGAGUACUGGAAGAUUAAUUCGCAACAAUUCAAGCACAUUGCACGGUGCGCUUCAAAAUAUCUUUGCGUACUAGCUAGCUCCACUGAAUCGGAGCGCACUUUCAGUAAAGCCGGGGAAAUCAUUGGGAAUAGAAGAACAAGGCUAAAAUCAAAAAAUGUUGACACUCUUCAACAAGAACUUGUGGCUACUUGAUUGAAAGCAUCUCAGUUUAAGAUCUCAUAUCGAACGACGAAUAUUUUGUUGAUCUCCCUUACUAAUGAUUGGGAUUAAAAAUUAAAUUGUUUAAGUUUUAUA